AUGGCCAAAGCCCAUAAGCAAGCCGCAGAAAAGCCCUCAUUCUCUGCGCCUGCCGAGCCAUUUGAAGACUCUUCCGAGCUUGAUGACAGUUCUUCCGACCAUGAGAAGAAGGAGCAGGCCAAGGUGGUGAGCAAGAAGUCAAAGAAGGACAAGAAGAAGAAUAAGAAAGAACGCAAGGAGAAGAAGGAUAAGAAGGCCAAGAAGGAAAAGAAGGAGAAAACCGAGAAACAGGAGAAGAAUGAAAAGAAAGAGAAAAAGGAGAGGAAGGAAAAGAAGGACAAGUCCGAUGCACAGGAAAAGGACAACAGCAAGGAUCCAUCCCCUGUCAAGUCGGAAGUCAAGAGCAUCGCUUAUGAGGUGCCAGUAGAAAGCCCUGAAGCAGCUGAGCGGCGCGAGCAGAAAAACAAAGCACGACGAAAGAGAGAAGCGGAGAAGAAAGCCCUUGCAGAAGCCACAGGAAAGAAAUUGGAAGGUGUUCAGGGAGCUACCAAAGUUCUUGCAGCCGGCCUCAAGCGAAAAUUCGAUGAUCCCCAUUCCAACGUCACAUUCAACAGCCGCCUUGACGCCGAAACACAAGCUAUCAAGCGCCUCCGCGAAUCACUCCCCAGUACCAGACUCUCACUCGUCUCACAAAAGUUGGAGCAGGAAUGCGGUACCGAGCCAACUGCGAUGGCUGUUCUGGUUGAAGCGGCACGUGAGACCAUUCUCGAUCUUGCCAGGGGUCAGAUGAACACUAUGGCGGGUGGCGCGACUGCUCAAGAAGGCUUAAGUGGAGCGGUGUUGCGAAUGUUGAACGAGCAAAAGGGCCGGCUUGAUAAGUUGGAAUCAGCGGUCGAGAAGCCGAAGGUUGUUGAGAUCCAGGUUGUGAAAGACACCAACACCGAGGUUGCUGGGGAGGUGAAAGAUGGUGAUGUCGAAAGUGUGCAUGAAGUGCCAUCGGAAGAGGAUACUACCGAAGAGAGUAGCUCCGGCGACUCUGAUAGCGACGAUAAGGAUGCGGACAAUGGUACUGAUGAGGAUGACAGUGAGAGCGAGACUGGGAGCGACUAG